AAUUAAAAUCUACAGACUGCACUUUGUCAGGUACAUCAAGGACGGAAAUGUUCUUGCCAAUCACACUGUUGAUCCCCAAGUUGAUGUGACACUUUCCGAUAGUCGUGGCUGCCAGAACACCCUGAUUUCAAAACCCGUAGAGGGCCAUUGCUUCCCCAACCAACUCGCUCCCGCAACGCACUGCUGCCAAGGCACCAAGGAGGCAAUCAUUCCUUCCUGUGUCUGUGAUGCCAAGGAGCUGGUGGUCGCCAUUCUAUUUAACAUGCAUCAGCAGCGCUGUUGACAUGGACCUCUCUUCGCCUGACUUUUUGGAAAAUUCUAGCGAAAGUGACGCCACAUGUGGCCCGCCCUUCCACAUAUGCAUCAGGUCUCUCAAGUUGACAGAAGUCUGUCUUUUUCAUGCCUAUUUUUGCAAAGCAUUGGCUCAGGCUGGCCUGGUAGUAAUGUGCACUGUUGUCUUUGUAAGUUUGUCAAAAGCAGUGUGAAUUUUCAUGCAAGUGUAGCUAUGAGAAACAACUUUAUAGUUACUGCAACACUCUGUACUGAUUUCUUGCUUUUCCAUUGCCAAAAGUUAAGAAUAAUAUUGAAUUAAGUUUAUUGUAAAAUUUUGGAUUACUUUGUUAUGCAUUAAUUUUCUCUUGUAAACCUUUGUGUCUGUGUACUUGUGCUUGCAAAUCGCGCAAUCUCGAAAUUAACAUGCACCAACUAAUUUCGCUUAUUUUCUUCCUGCAGGGCCACUAAAACUGAGGGAAGGUCGUUUCCCAAAUGCACUUAAAUAUGGUCGUAUUGUCUUCAACCAUCAAAUGUUGCACCAUUUCCAAUUUCACCAAUAAGUUUUUGUUAUACCUUUUAGAUUAAGCCAGGUUUAUUUCGUUCAUGUCCUUUCCUAUGUUUGUGUAUCUGUGGUGCACUUGGUUUGCUCAUAUGUGAAUAGUAUUUUGAUGUCAAGCUGGCAUUCAGUGUUUUGGUAAGUUGAUGAGUUCAUUGUGCAGUGUAACAUAUAUUCCUAGCAGUUCGCGAUGAAAAAAUCCGUAAACAGGGGGGGGGGGGGUGCUCAAGCCGACAUUUCGACAAGUGGACUUGUCUUCAAGGCAACUUCAAGGCAGAACAGUUCCAGCCUUGAAGAAGACAAGUCCACUUGUAGAAACGUCGGCUCGAGCACCCACCCCCUGUUUACCAAUUUUUUCAUUGCAAGCUUGCAUCUUCCCCUUCCUGCCGUUUUUUGGAUUUCCAAGCAGUUUGAUCAUUUAGGCAUGUCAACGUGGUUUUCCAUACGUUGCUUCAGUGUAUAGCCACUGUAUUCACUUCAGAUAAUGAGUUAUAUGUAGUGAUAAACUGGAAUGCCUAAGCACCUGUGGUAGUGUGACCGAAAUAUUGCCUGGUGAAUAACUUACAUUUUACUACGUGGUUGAUACCAUGGUGUACAUGAUGUAUAAUGCACAAAACUGUUGAUGUAGGGUUCAGCACGAAAAACUGUGAUGACAAUUGCAAAUGUUUUUUUGUUUUCAUACUUUCCACUUUGCUUCAUGUUGUCUUCUCUAACUCAUAUUUUCUUUCGCAUGCUUCAUGUGCUGAAAUAUCGAGGUUCUUUUUCCGUGCAGCAUUGUAUUGAUAUUUCUGUAUGAAAAAGGCGAUAAUUAGUUCUUUCGGCCAGUGCUUCAUGCAGUAGUAUGCAUACAAAGAUGCACAGCUUUUUAGGUAUUGUAUCGAAAUUGUAAUUUAAGUUGGACCUUCAUGUAUUACCAGCGUUGUUAUUUAUGUACAAAGAGGUGGGAACUUGUGUGAGAUUCAGUGCAGUCUUACCACUGCAGGAACAUGUUUUCGGUGGGGAAGUGUCAUAAUGUACUCUGCUAACAAGUGCAGCAACCCUUCUUGACUGGUUGGUGGUGCUGUCCAGUUCCCUGGAGUGCGUGACACGCAGUUUGCAUGCCUUCCUGCACUCCUUGUGUCUUUGCAGUUUCCCCGUCCUUGGUGUCCCUGGAGCAGUACUGUUCGCUCGUGUCUGUUAAAGACGAAAUGCAUUCCUGCCGGCUGUGCACCUAUGUGACCAGCAAAAAGGGGCACAUGAAAAGACACCUUCGCAAGCAUACGGGCGAGCACCCUUUCCAGUGCAACAUGUGCCCUGCUCACUUUGCUCAGAGCAGCAAUCUCGUGGCUCACAUGCGCACCCACACCGGAGAGCGACCCUUUUCAUGUGUAUACUGCAGUGCAUCCUUUUCGGUGAGAGGGAAUCUCCUUCGCCACAUGUGCAGCCACACAGGAGUGCGUCCCUUUUCCUGUGUGAACUGCAAUGCAUCCUUUACACGGAAACACAACCUCAUUUGCCACAUGUCCAGUUGUCGUGCAAACGAGAAGCACCCCAACUUGAUUGCCUGGUGCUGUCAUCUAGUUCAAUUUAAUGUGCGAGACACACAGCUGGCAUCGCCUUCCUCUCCUCUCUCUGGCUUUGCAGGUUCCUCGUCUUUGGCAUUCCCGGAGCAGUACGAUUCACUCGUAUCCGUGGAAGGCAGACUGCAUUCCUGCCGGCAGUGCACCUAUGUUACCACAGAAAAAAGGCGCAUGAAAAAUCACCUUCUCCAACAUACGGGCGAGCGCCCCUUCCAGUGCCAUCUGUGUCCAGCUGACUUCACUAACAGAAACCAUCUCAUGCGGCAUGCGCGCACCCACACAGGACGGCGUCCUUAUCCCUGUGUUGACUGCAAUUCAUCCUUCUUAAGCAAAUCUGACCUGAUUCGCCAUACGCGCUCCCACACAGGAGAACGACCUUUUUCCUGUGAGCAAUGUGACGCGUCCUUUGUGCUGAAAUGCACCCUCAAGAAGCACAUGCUUAUGCAUACAGGAGAGCGUCCUUUUUCGUGUGUCUACUGUACUGCGUCCUUUAAGCUGGAGCAGCACCUUGCUCGCCACGUGCACUAUCACCACACCAACAAGAAUUGCAUCUUGUUACGUGUAGUCUGUGACACACAGCUUGCAUUGCCGUCCUGUCCUCUCUGUGGCUUUGCAGGUUCCUCGUCUUUGGCAUCCAUGGAGCAGUACGAUUCACUCGUAUCCGUGGAAGGCGGACUGCAUUCCUGCCGACAGUGCACCUAUGUGGUCAAGCAGAAGUCGGACAUGAAAAAGCACCUUUGCAAGCAUACGGGCGAGCGCCCCUUCCCGUGCCACUUGUGUCCUGCUUACUUCACUCAGAGCAGCAGUCUCGUUCGGCACGUGCGCAGCCACAGAGGAGAGCGCCCUUGUUGCUGUGUCCACUGCAAUGCAUCCUUUUCAAACAGAUCCGACCUGAAUCGCCACAUGCGCACCCACACAGGAGAACGUCCAUUUGCUUGUGUGCACUGUACUGCAUCUUUUAAGCUGGAGCAGCACCUUGUUCGACACAUGCGCUCUCACCAUGCCAACGAGAAGCCCUAAAGGUCAGAGGCACACAGACUUUUUUUGGGGGGGAGGAGGCGCAGGGCUAAUUGAUUGAUUAAAAUGUUGUGGUGAAAGUAACUUCUCAAGUUCAUUAAACGGUUUUUAGAUGGUUCAGAAAUUUAGUUUUUUUUAAAUUACAGUAAACACGUUAGUAAAUGGAACCUGAAGGGACCAGGAAGUAUGCGUUCCUUUACUGAGAGAUGAACAGGGGUGCAGGAUUCAAGUAUGAAACCAAUCAUAUGAGAGACAGCUGUUCCGUUUAAGCAGCAGUUCCGUUUAAGAGACUUCCGUUUGCUGAGAGUCCACUGUAUAUUGCUUAGCGACGAGUAUCUCAUUGUUAAUGAAAAUUUCUUAUGUGCCUUUGGGUGAAUUUAGAGCUAUGGUUUGAUGGCAAAGGUGUGACUUACCUUGAGUGUGGAUUGGCUGAAAAUGCAUUCAGGAUUGCAACUUUAUUGAAGUUACUCGCACGGGGAAAAUAGAAACAGAUAUGCUGUUGAGUAGAUAUGCUAUGCUGUAGUGUCUGGGAAAUUUCUCUUUACCACUAGGCUGUGAACACAGGGGAAGCUUGGUUCACAUUUGAUACAUUAGUUUGCAAUAAAACUUUCUGAAACGACUUUUAUUGAAAUCAAAUUCUUCAUGUUAUGAAAUAGUACUAUUACCUUUUUUUGUGACUUCAUGCCCAUAGAACACCAUGUAUUUUGAACUUCAUUAUGAAGACACAUGUUUAUUUGCUACUUUAAUAUAACAAGGUUUCACUGCUUCUACUAGACAUGAACGAGGCUUUGAUUGAAAAUUGUAUUGAUGCUCCUGGUCAGAUGGCUUCACUCAUGUUUUGUGAACACAUUUUUCAAAUAUCAUGCUGCAUGGUAGCCAUAGACUGGACAUCUUUUUUGGAAGGGGCUGUGAAGGUAGUAAAUUGUCC